AUGCCUCAAGAUAGAAGGGCCAACCUCUUGCUCUUGAUUAUCACAGUUAUUUUGUGUUUCGCAGCAACGGCCGACUUGUCUAAGGGAAUUUUAACGGAGGCAGAAUAUCAAACCUACAUCUCCAAUUCAUGCCCUUCUAAGCCUCUCUCCACUGAUGCUUGGUACUCUGAGGAAAGUAACUUGAUAAAUAUUAUUCUUGCGGGUGAUAAUUCAAAGCUUCCUCUGAUCUACCCUCAGGAGUAUUCGACGAAUAACACUAUUGUAAGGGAUGAUAUUCUCAAUACAACUACAACAAGCAACUCUUCACCAGCAACAACAAUAUUACAAUCAGGAAACAAUACAACAGUGAACAACUCCUCCUCAACAAGCAACACAACUAUUACCAUUAUUCAAGGGUGGGAUGAUCUUCUCAAAGUUCUUAAUGAGACUUUGAAACCCAACGCUACCCUCGCUGAUAACUCAACAAGUGGAAAUAAUAGUUCUCUAGGAUCGAAUGGUUCAAUCAUUUUUAAUUCCACCAAUUCACAAACAACUACUAAUGGAAAUGUACCUCUGUUGAAUACUACCCUUAACUCAACCACAAACUCUAGCCCUUCUGUUGGAACAAAUACAACAAAUACUCAGUUAUCCUCCAAUACAACCCCUAGUGUUAUUUCGAAUAGUACUGGUACAGCUUCGACAAUCAAUUCCACUAAUGCUAACCUGAACACAGUGAAUGGAACAAGCGGAAGUACAGAAAUUGGUUCGACCUAUGGAUCCAACAGCACUUCUGGUCAAGGUAAUAGCACAACCACGAACACGCCAUUUGGUUCUAACUCUAAUUCCAUAGGAUCAACAAUAGUAACUAACGGAACUGUUGCAGCCGGUGCAAUUUCUAGUUCAACAGUAACCUCAAACGGUGGGUAUGUUGGCUCCAAUACCUCUGGUUCAAUAAGCACAACUUCAACUGGAUCUAAUAGCCAAGGAUUAGGAUCUAGCUCCUCCACAAAUGUCUCUGCUAAUAAUACUGCAACUGUUAGUGGACCUUCAAGUGGAUUUAAUUCUACUUCUGGGGCAACUUCUGGGGCAAACAACGGUUCCGUUACAACAAGUACUGGAACAAAUGGUCAAUCAACUACUGGAACAAGCUUAGGAUCGACCUCCUCUAAUGGUUCAAACAGUGGUUCAACUAAUGGAACAAAUACAGGUUCCGUUUCCACAAGUACUGGAACAAGUGGUUCCUCUUCAAGUGUUUCAACAAACUCAGGAUCAACAAGCUCUUCUAACUCUGGUUCAACUAAUGGAGCAAACACCGGAUCAAUUGGCGUUUCUAACUCUGGAUCUUCUAUUGGAACAAAUACUGGUUCUGGUUCAACAAUCACUGGAACCAGUUCAGGUUCUUCAACUAGUUCUAACACCAAUACAGGAAACAAUAAUGUCUCCAAUUCUGGAUUAAAUGGUCAAGGAACAAAUUCUACUUCAAGCUCCUCAGCUACUAACAUUUCAGGUUCAAAUAAUACUGGAUCAAGUAAUCAAGGAAGUAAUUCAGGAUCCAGUUCUACUGGAACAAGUAGCACUUCAAGUACUGGAUUAAAUGGUAGCGUUUCUUCAGGUGGUUCUAACACUGGAACAAAUGGAGUAUCAAAUAAUGGAUCAGCAACUGGCAUUGCUCCCAAUGUCUCUGGAACAAGUGGUAGUUCCUCUUCAAGUGUUUCAAACACUGUCUCCUCAAACUCAGGUUCGAGUGCUAAUAAUACUUCAACUGUUAGUGGACCUUCAGCAGGAUCUAAUUCUACUUCUGGAACAACUUCUGGAGCAAACAGCGGUUCCGUUACAACAAGUACUGGAACAAACGGUCAAUCAAAUUCUGGAGCUAGCUCAGGAUCUACCUCCUCUGGCUCUUCAAGUGGUUCGAACAGUGGUCCUGGCUCUAAUACUGGUACAAGUGAUACUAAUACAGGGUCAACAAGCUCUUCUAACUCUGGUUCUUCGAGUGGAGCAAGUACUGGUUCAGGUUCUUCAACAAAUUCUAACACUAAUCCAGGAAACAACAAUUUCUACAUCUCAAGCUCUGGAUUAAGUAAUUCAGGAUCCAGUUCUACUGGAUCAAGUAGCACUUCAAGUACUGGAUUAAAUGGUGGCUCUUCUACAGGUGGUUCUAACACUGGAACAAAUGGAGUAUCAAAUAAUGGAUCAGCAACUGGCAUUGCUCCCAAUGUCUCUGGAACAAGUGGUAGUUCCUCUUCAAGUGUUUCAAACACUGUCUCCGCAAGCUCAGGUUCGAGUGCUAAUACUUCAACUGUUAGUGGACCUUCAGCAGGAUCUAAUUCUACUUCUGGAACAACUUCUGGAGCAAACAGCGGUUCCGUUACAACAAGUACUGGAACAAACGGUCAAUCAAAUUCUGGAGCUAGCUCAGGAUCUACCUCCUUUGGCUCUUCAAGUGGUUCUACCAAUGCUGGACCCAAUUCUAGUAGUAAUUCAACGGUCAGUGGUGGUUCUUCAAAUGCAUCUGGUUUUACAAGUACUGGACCGAAUACUCAAGGUGGUUCAUUAUCUGACUCCUCAAAUACUGGAACUGCUAGCACUCCAAGUGCUGGAUUAAGUAGUGGAUCUUCUUCAGGUGGUUCUAACACUGGGACAAAUGGAGCAUCAAAUAAUGUUUCUGGAACAAAUGGUGGUUCAUCUUCUAGUGUAACAAACAGUGGUUCUGGUUCUAAUACUGGUAUUAAUACUGGAACAAUUGGCGUUUCUAACUCUGGAUCUUCUAUAGGAACUGGGGUAAAUACUGGUGCUGGAGCAAGUUCAGGAUCUUCAACAAAUUCUAACAUCAAUACAGGAACCAAUAGUGUCUCCAAUUCUGGAUUAAAUGGUCAAGGAACAAAUUCUACUUCAAGCUCCUCAGCUACUAACAUUUCAGGUUCAAGUUAUACUGGUACAGGAGGUACUACCUCUUCAAGUUCUGGAUUAAGUGGUGGUUCUUCGUCAGGUAAUGCUAUUACUGGAUCAACAACUGGCAACACUGCAAAUGUCUAUGGAGGAAAUGGUGUUAUCAAUACAGGAUCAACCAGCACUGGAGCAAAUACUGGAUCAACGAGCUCUUCUAACUCUGGAUCUUCGCCUGGAGCAAAUACUGGUUCUGGUACAACAAUCACUGGAACUAGUUCAGGAUCUUCAACAAAUUCUAACACUAAUACAGGAACCAAUAGUGUAUCAGGUUCAAAUACUAGUGGCUCUAUCACAAGCCCAUCCACUGUAUCCACUAGCUCUUCUAACAUUGGAACAAAUACUGGUUCCGGUUCGAGUAAUACUGGAACUUCUAGUAAUGGAUCAAUUGUUUCAAAUAGUGGCUCCACAAGUACUGAAACUACUAGCACCCCAAAUACUGGAUUAAAUGGUGGUUUUUAUUCAGGUGGUUCCAACACUGGAACAAAUGGAGUAUCAAAUAAUGAAUCAACAACUGGUAUCACUACAAAUGUUUCUGGAACAAUUGGGGGUUCAUCUUCUAGUGUAUCAAAUAGUGGUUCUGGUUCUAAUACUGGUAUUAAUACUGGAACAAUUGGCGCUUCUAACUCUGGAUCUUCUAUUGGAACAAAUAAUGGUUCUGGUUCAACAAUCACUGGAACCAGUUCAGGAUCUUCAACUAGUUCUAACAUCAAUACAGGAAACAAUAAUGUCUCCAAUUCUGGAUUAAAUGGUCAAGGAACAAAUUCUACUUCAAGCUCUUCAGCUACUAACAUUUCGGGUUCAAGUAAUACUGGUACAGGAGGUACUACCUCUUCAAGUUCUGGAUUAAGUGGUGGUUCUUCUUCUGGUGGUUCUAACACUGGAACAACUGAAUCAACAAUUGGCAACACUGCAAAUGUCUAUGGAGGAAAUGGUGUUAUCAAUACAGGAUCAACCAUUUCUGGAACAAACACUGGUUUACCAAGCACAGGAGCAUCAACUACUUCAACAGGCAAUCCUGGUUCUGGUUCAGCAAACACUGGAACCACUUCAAACGGUUCUACCAAUACAGGUACCACAAUUAAUAGUGGUUCAGGAUCUACCAAUACAGGUACCACAAUUAAUAGUGGUUCAGUAUCUGGUUCUUCAACAGGUUUAAACAACUCUGGUUCUUCAACAAAUAACAGUAGCUCAACAAUUUCUACCACAACAAACCCAGCCACUUCCAGUGGUUCAGGAUCUUCAACAAAUUCUAACACUAAUACAGGAAACAAUAAUGUCUCCAAUUCUGGAUCAAAUGGUCAAGGAACAAAUUCUGCUUCAAGCUCUUCAGCUACUAACAUUUCAGGUUCAAAUACUAGUGGUUCAAGCUCAUCUUCUGGUUCUUCUAACACUGGAGCAAAUACUGGAUUAACAAGCACAGGACCAUCCAAUACUCCAACCAAUAAUGGGGGUUCCUCUAAUUCUGGGUCAAGCUCUAGUGGAACUAGUGGUUCAACUUCAGUUAUUUUUGGAGCAACAAGCUCCUCCAAUCCUAACUCUGGCUCUAAUACUGGUACAAGUGGUGAUACCAAUACAGGAUCAACGAGCUCUUCUAACUCUGGAUCUUCGACUGGGGCAAAUACUGCUUCAAGCAAUGCUGGAUCAGGUACAAACAAUGGAAACAAUGGAUCAACAAGUUCAAAUAGCAAUUCAACAAGUUAUAGUGCUCUUGAUACUCUUCGUAAAGAAAUAGAACGAUUAGUUACAGAUAUUAUUGGGCGACCUGAUCCAAACCUGCCAACACCAGAUCUUCAAAAAGGAAUAGACACACUUAAAAAUGACAUUCUUGGUUCUACCACCAACUCAACAAACUCUAACAGCUCAAUUAACAACUCACCAACAUCAAACAAUAAUGUUACAAAACCUUCUAACAAUACAAACACAACCACAACCCUUAACGCCUCAAAAAGCACAACCCCAACAAGGAACUCAACCACUACUUCGACUAGUGUAUCAACCACAACAACCGAUAGUACUUCCAAUGCUAUUCAGUCAAGUAAUAGAAACAACAAUGCUGGAAGUCCAAUCAGAUGUAAACAGAAAUGUCCUGUUAGGUAUGAACAGAAAGUGUGUAUAACCAAAAGAAAAACCAGUAGUUCUUCUUCUGUUGUUGCAUCCAAUAUUGUUGCAGUCAUGGCAGAGAACAUUGCCACCAUUAAGAAUGGAUCACCUGAUGGGUUAAUAAUUGGUUUAUCUGUUGCAGGAGGUGUGUUAGCAAUUCUGUGUUGUACAGGAUCGUCUAUCAUUGGAUGUGUUCUGUACGCUAAGAGAAAGAGAAAUAAUUUCUGGAAUCUUUAUGAAGAUAAAAAUGUCAGAAUGCUUAUGGAGGGUCACAUUGAUGAAAGUGCAUAUGCAGAUGUUGAAUUAGAGGAUGAUGAAGAAUUUGAUCCACUAGAAGCAAAAUCUUCUUACUCUGGCUCUAAUGAAGAUGAUUUCAAGUUUGACGAAGAAUCAGAAGAAUCUUCAGAAUCAGAUAAACAAGAAGAAGAAAUUGAAUUUGAAUAUUAA